AUGUCAAGGGUAAGAAAUUCUAGUUCUGUUGUCUGCAAUCAAAAGCUGCUGAGCCUUUCAUGGGAGUGCGUGGUGUUGACUAAGAGGAUGUUCCUCGUAGCCUCCUGUUCAUUGAAGGUCCUGAUUCAUACCACAAAGGCCUUACUGGAGGAAGAAUUGGCAGAACCACCAGAUACAGUAGAGACUAUAUAUUUCAUGCCGCCGGAGCCAUUGCCUUGGGAUCGGAGAGACUUUCGCAAGCACGAGAGAUCCGACCCCACACGCCUUGGUGCUGCUGGAGGUUUCAGAUGGCGAGACCUGCCGCAUCCGCUUCAUCCGCCGCCUCCUCCCACGCAUCUUCCCUAUCAUCAUCACCACAACCAGCAACGAUGGUUCUCCGAUUUCCGCUCCCGCCCUCUUCCCCCUGGUCAUGGUAAGCAGGGUGGUUGGCACAUGUAUCCUGAGGAGUCCGCUCGUGGGUUUCCGCCUUUAGGGUCUCGGUUCAAUGAAAGGAAUUUUGAUGAAGACAAUUCUCGGCCUUUUUUGUCUCGCGGCGAUGGAAGAUAUUUCAGAAAUAGCCGGGAAUCUAGGGGUUCCUUUAGCCAAAAAGACUGGAAGGUUCACUCUUGGGAACCUCCUAAAUCACCAAGUUGUCUUGGAAAACUGGAUAAUGAGGUGAAUGAUCAAAUAUCUGUAGGUAAUAUGCAAACAUGCAACAACAAUGACAACCAUAACAAGAACAACUCCCAUCCUGAUCCCAAAUUUGAGAAAUCACAUAAUCAAUCUCAGAUGAAAUAUCAACUUGAUGAGAGUGGUAGCAAUGCUGAUGGAUUGGGCAGCACUGUUCAGAAAGUAGAGAUAGAGAACUCACUGGGAUCGAUAGAUUGGAAGCCCCUGAAAUGGACCAGGUCAGAAAGCUUGUCUUCUCGAGGAUCUGGUUUUAGCCAUUCAAGUAGCUCCAAGAGCAUGGGAGCAGACUCCAAUGAGAUGAAAGCUGAGCUGCAACCAAAGAACGUGAUGGCAGUCCAGUCUCCUUCUGGGGAUGCUGCUGCUUGUGUGAAAUCCAACAUUCCCACUCCCUCCCCGUCAGAAGAGACAAGUUCCCGAAAGAAGCCACGCCUUGGCUGGGGUGAGGGACUGGCAAAGUAUGAGAAGAAGAAUGUAGAUGGCCCUGAAGAUGGCGCAACCCAAAAUGGAUUGGUCAUUAGCAUUUAUAAAAAAGAACCUGCACUCUCUCUCUGUGCAAAUGUGGCUGAUAAAAGUCCUAGAGUAGCCGUUUUUCCAGAUGAUGCCUCUCCUGCUACUCCAUGUUCAGUUGCUUUUAGUUCCUCACCAGGUACUGAGGAAAACCAAUCAGUCAAGGUAGCCAGUGUUGAUCAUGAUGCUGCUAAUUUAAGCUGCUCACGAAGUAUUCUUUCACACGCCCCCUGUCAGGGACCAGCUUUUAAUUUAGAAAAUUUGGAGCCCCCAUCUGUUGCUAAUUUGAGCUCUUACGUUAAUGAAUUGUUACAAUCUGAUGAUUCAAGUUCCACGGAUGCUGGUUUAGCGCAAUCCACUGCUAUGAAAAAGUUGAUGGUAUGGAAAGUUGACAUAUUUAAAGCAGUCGAGAGGACUGAAUCUGAGAUAGACUUGCUUGAAACGGAACUCAAGUCAUCGAUAUCUGAAUCUAGAGUUGGCUGCUAUCGUCCUCCAGUAUCCAGUUCACUGCCUGGAGAAUGCAACUUAAGAGCUUGUGAAGAGCUAGUUGCCAGACGUGCUCCACUACAGUUUUCUCGUAGCGGAAUUAAGAUUAUAGAGAGCACAGCUAAUGCAUUGGAAACUGAUUUGAAAGAAGAGAAUAUGGAUAGUCCAGGAAGUGCAACAUCUAAGUUUGUUGAAGUGCCUUCAUCUGUGCAAGAUGCUUUCCCUCUUGAUUCAGCAAUACCCAUUGACGGUUUCUUGAAAUUAGAUGUAAAUAAUUGUAGGAAGCUGGGAGGCAGUGAUCUAAAUGAUGAGGCAAACGCUUGUGAUGUGCCCGCUCAUGUGGAUGAUUUUCAACCUUGUCUAAGUAGUAGUUGUCAAACUCAGUCUACUGAUAGCAUUUUAAGUGGCAGUGGGGAAAAUAUUUAUAAUUUAAUACUGGCUUCUAACAAAGAUUCUGCAAAUAGAGCUUCAGAAGUGCUUAAUAAGUUAGUGCCUGCCAAUCAGUAUCAUUCCACUGUCUCUUAUUUGCAAUGUGAUCCCAUGAUAGUGAAGAAAAAAAUUCUAAUGAGGAGGCGAUUCCUACAGUUUAAGGAGAAAGUUAUCACUCUCAAGUUUAGGGCAUUUCGGCAUUUCUGGAAGGAUGAUCGUCUACAUGCUUCAAUGAAAAUUCUUGCGAAGUCUUCCAAGAAGUUAGAUCAAAGGUUUCGGUUUACGCGCCAUAGAUCUCAAAAGCAUCUUCCCUCUGAUAUCCCUCAAUUUUCGUAUCCGGAUGGAAUUUUUAAUGUGGUGCCUGAAGCAGAAGUAAGUGAUUAUGUCAGCAGGUUGCUUUCAGAUGCCCAGGUCAAACUCUGUAGGAAUACAUUGAAGAUGCCAGCUUUAAUUUUGGAUGAAAAGGAGAAGAUGAUAUCAAAGUUCAUUUCGAGUAAUUGUUUGGUGGAAGAUCCAUGUGCUGUCGAGAAAGAAAGGUCUAUGAUCAACUAUUGGAGUUCUGAAGAGAGAGAAAUUUUCAUUGACAAGCUUGCUACCUUUGGGAAAGAUUUCACGAAGAUCGCAUCUUUUCUGGAUCAUAAAACAACAGCAGAUUGUGUAGAGUUCUACUACAAGAAUCACAAGUCUGAUUCCUUUGAAAAGGCUAGGAGGCCAGACGUUGCUAAGCCAAAGAAGUCCCGAUCUACUAAUACAUACCUGGUUGCAUCUGGGAAAAGAUGGAAUCGUGAGGUUAAUGCAGCUUCCCUUGAUAUAGUGGGUUCAGCUUCAGCUAGCGCCGCUAAUGUUAUUGAUGGCAUAGAAAUUCAGCAGAAUCGCACAUCUAGAUACUCUUUCGGUGGUGCUUACAAAGCACUGAGGAUUGAUCAUGGUUCAUUAGAGCAAUGGACUGGUCUUGAUGUCUAUAAUAAUGACAGAGAAACUGUGGCUGCUGAUGUGUUGGCCGGUAUCUGUGGCUCCCUAUCAUCAGAAGCUAUGGGUUCUUGCAUCACUAGUUCUGUUGACCUUGGAGAGGGCUAUCAGGAUUGGAGGUAUCACAGAGUGGGUUCUUCCACAAGGCAGCCUUCAACUGCCGAAGUUACACAGAAUGUUGAUGGUGAACGUUCAGAUGAUAGCUGUGAGGAGAUGGAUUCUACUCAUUGGACUGAUGAGGAAAAGUCCAUCUUCAUUCAGGCCGUGUCAUCCUAUGGCAAGGAUUUUGCAAAGAUCUCACGAUGUGUCAGAACAAGAUCCAGAGAUCAAUGCAAGGUCUACUUUAGCAAGGUCCGGAAGUGUCUUGGAUUGGAUCUGAUUCAUCCUUCACCUGGGGAUGUAGUAUCUGAUGAUGUUAAAGGAGGUGGCAGUGACGCAGAAGGUGCUUGUGUAGUGGAGACUGGCUCAGUUAUUUCCAGUGAGAAGUCAAGAUCUGAGAUGGAAGAUGACAUUCUGUUGAGCUGCGAAUCUGAUCUUGUAGGAACAAUGAAUUUGAAGCCCAAUGUUAAGAAAUAUGAGAAUAAUAAUGGAAUGGCAUAUCAGGUUUCCAUAGGUACUGAACAUGUGCUAAAGAAUUCUGUGCCUACUGAUUGCCAAGUGGAUAAUAAGCCAGAUCUUGACUUUGAUGUGGGCUGCGAGGAACGAAAUGGUGUUAAUAGUGGGUCUGCAGCUGCUGUAGAACGUAAAAAUGUUUUUGUAUCCUCUGAGGAAGUAGCUGAACAAGUUAUUGAAGAGGCAGAAGACCAUGCCUUGCCAAACAGAUCGAGUAAUGAGGCUGAGAAGAUAGUUUUGCUUGAGGUUCCUAAUGGGCAUCAUGGGCCAGGAAAUGAAGGACGAGGACUCCUGUUACCUGAAUGUAGUUUGAAUUACAAGAAAGUUGAAAAUGGGCAUGCUACUACUGGUGAAACGAAUAGCCUAAGCUGCUCAAAGAGAGAGAGGAACUAUGAGCUCCAGCCAUCUGCAAUUCCUUCUCGUCCUUCUGCUGACAUGCAUUCUUCUUCACAGGUCAAUAUUUUAUCUGGAUGCCAGAAGAAGACUGGCUUGGAAAGCUCUUCCGCAGAUAAGUCUCACACCGUUACGUUGCAGCACAGAGAUUGCUUAGCACCCACGAUUUCGUUGCCACAAUUUUCUGCUCCAACUAAAGUCUCAUCAUCAGCCAUUGGUGACGAUGGUAUUAAAGAUGGACCCAGUCAAGAGAUUGUUUCGGUAGGUGAUUGUCAUCGGCAUUUAGGAAGCUCAUUGUUGGACCAUGUUGAAUCUUCCCAGGUUCUCUGCGGUUGUCCUUCAUCAGUUUCGAUGAAAGAGAGGAAUAGCAUUAUGAAUUGUAAAAGACCCAUUUUACUUGUAAGUGCCCCCAAGUCAGAUGGAAAUUUUCAUCCGGAUAGGCAUUCAGAGUUUUAUCUCCAGAAGUGCAACAGUUUGAGAAAUCAUAGUUCAGAUGCUGAAGCUUCACUUCCAGCCCAAGAACAGACCAAAGAUCAUUAUAGACCUCAAUCAGGCAGUUCAACAGAUUUGGAAAAACCUAGCAGAAAUGGUGAUGUGAAAUUGUUUGGUAAAAUUUUAAUCUCCUCUGAGCAGAAACCAAUUUCUAGUAUACACAAGAGUGAUGAUAAUAAGACUCAGCUUCAUAAAGCAGGAAACCAGUCAUUCAAACUAAAACUAUUGGGUGAUAGGAGUGCUGAUUUCAAUCCAGAUCAAGUGCCGUUUGAACAUGACAGCUGUUUGGGCUCUGAGCAUGUUCCUGUUAGGAAUUUUGGGUUUUGUGAUGGAAGCAGAAUGCAAAAUGGCUUUCCUCAUUUACCGGACUCUACUCUCUUGCUGACCAAGUAUCCUGAUGCGUUUAGUAAUUGUGCCACAACCUCUGCCAAAUUGGAGCGAGCUGUUAGGAGCGAUGGCCAUAGUUUAAAUGGUAUCUCUUGUUUUCCGACUAGAGAACCAAGUAGCAGCAAUGGAGCAGCCGAUUAUCAGGUGUUGAAGAGUCAAGAAGUUCUGCCUUUUAGAAUAGAUAUGAAGCGGCAGCCGGAUUUAUAUGCUGAGGUGCAAAGAAGAAACAAGUUUGAUGUUUCAGGCAUACAACAGCAAGAAAGAGGGGUUGGAAUUAACCUCGUUGGAAGAGGUCGGGUUCUUGUUGGAGGCCAGUCUACCAGUGUUUCAGAUCCUGUGGCAGUCAUCAAAAUGCAGUAUGCCAAGGCCAAACAAUUUGGUGCACAGAACAUCAUCAUAGAGGAUGAUUCUUGGAGAAGCAAAGGGGAUGUAGGCACGUAG